AUGAAUAUACAGAAGACAACUAAUUUCGAAGCACUUCAACCUGCUGGAGCUGAAUAUGAACUCACUGAUAUUGAAAUUCAACAAUUGAAGGAUCACAAUCAGAAGCGUGUGAAACGUGUCGUCGGAUUCGUCGCCAUUGCAAUGACACUUCUCUCGUUGGCUCUCGUCGCUUUUUCUUUGGCACUUGGGCGAAAAAUUGAUUUGAUGGUUGAACAAAAAGUGGAAGAACGAAUGGAAAUCUACACGGCUCAUGGCAUAAAUUUGACUGAAACAAGAAGUUGA